AUGAAGGCUGCCCAAGAUAGGCAGAAGAGCUAUGCCGAACAUCGAAGGAGGAACCUCGAGUUCAAAGUUGGCGAUUGGGUUUAUCUUAAGGUAUUGUCCAUGAAAGGAGUAUUUCAGUUUGGGAAGAAAGCAAAGUUAAGUCCAAGAUACGUAGGAGCUUAUGAGAUACUACAAAAAGUAGGAGCAGUCGCUUAUAGACUAGAUCUUCCAGCUGAAUUCCAAGGAAUUCAUAAUGUCUUUCACGUAUCUUCCCUCAAGAAAAGCUUCGAGAAACAGAUACCAACAAUUGUAGAUACGAGGGAUAUUUCGCUUGAACCCGACCUAACUUAUGAGAAAAUUCCUAUUCUGAUCACGAUGUCGAAGAAGCUACUUGGGGAAAGGAAGUCGAUAUGA